AGCAUUUGAAACAUAAACUCAAAUUUCAAUAAAAGAAAACAAAAUUUAUGGCAUUUUACUCGAUCUAUCGGCUAUAACAACACUUUCAACGAUAUGCCCACCGUAGUUUUAUUAGAUGUUUCCCUAUCGAUGCUUAAAACUCUUCAAGAUGGCGAACAUCAAACAGACAGUGAUGUGAACAAGAGGCUAUUGACCAUUCGCGGGCUGUACUCCUUUUUUGACUAUUUAAGCGAGAACUGCAAGCUUGAGUUCACUGCUUUGAUAGCUUUUUCAUCCCUGUGGGAGAUAGUUGUGCGUUUCACCCGAGAUUACGAGGCUUUGAAAGAAGGCUGCAUGAAUGUGGGUACUUAUGAUAAAACCUUUCUUGGCAAUGCACUGAAUGGUGUAUCAAAUUUGGUCAUCGAGGAAUGGGGGUGUUCGGUACCAGUGCAAUUAGUGCUCGUUACCGAUGGUAACCUUGGUGGUGCGACAACUGUUAACGAGGUCCUAACGAACCGACUCGGAGAUAUGGCCGAGAACAUGUGCACAAUGCCGUUGCCAUUUCCAUGUAUAAUGCAUAUUAUGUGCAUGUCAACUUUUGACAGUAUGCUGCCUGCAAGUUUGAAACUGUUACAGGAUUUGGUUGAGACCUGCGGUCAUGGAGGAGGGGUGUAUAUGCUCGAAUCACCCGCAGGGAUCCAUUCGGCACAAGAAGCAUUCAAACGUCUUGCUAACGAGCACUAUACCUCCUUUAAUGGUACUCUAACAUGUGGCCACCUUAACUCUGCGAUAACCCUCUACCCACCCCCAAAAGCACCACCCAAAAAUCAAACCAGGAAUAUGAUGGUGAAAGAUUCUGAUCAACCGUUUCCAAAAGAGAUUAAGAUUUGUGGCUUUUUGGAUGCAAUCGAUCUUGGUAACCCUCCAUGCAUGACCCGGCAUCUUGUCAUACCGACCGGGGUGGCUUCAGGUUAUGAUGGAACAGGUAGUGAUGGCAAGGAACCAUCCUUCUGCGUCUUACUACAUGGCAGUUUGAAAGUUGAAAGGAUGGUUGCCUUUGCACAGUUAGGCCCUAACUGGUUUGGUAUUCUGUAUUCCUGGGCAGAUAGUAAAAAGAAGUCAAACUUAGUUUUGUCUGUCUUCUCGCCCAGCCUGGAAAUUCCAUGGCUUGGUAACCUGAAGCGGCUUAUGCCCUCAGCGGAAAUGCAAGAGCAUCCGUACAAAGUGGAGGACGGAAUGGAAGAAUCUCCCUUUCCUGUCGAAACAAGCAGACGUAGAAGUUACCACUCGCAGGCCAGUGUGGUUUGGGUAAAAGGAAGUGGCUUACAGGCAGAUAUCCAAAAGUUGAUGAGAUAUGCAAGAAAAUUACCUGACAAAAUUAAUCAGUUUUACAAGGAGCUAAACAGGAUUCGUAGAGCUGCCCUGUGCUACAGUUACUUUGAGUUGUUGGAUGGCAUAGCGGACAUGCUGGAAAGAGAAAUUGAAUCGUAUAAUACAGAAGGCACGAUUCAGUUGCAACACGCUGCAAAGUGCAUGAGAGAAGCAACACAGUUUGAUUUGAACAAACUUAUAACUGCUGCUCAAGUGUGAAGAAGUUGGUGCUUUACCACCAGGCUAACCAGAUAAAGGAUUGAAUCUUGUGAUUAAAUCCUUGGCUCAAACAGCUUAACAAACCACAACCUGACAACAGAACCAUGCUUUUUAAAACAAUCUAGAAGAUCUCACAAUUACUGCCAAUUCUAUCCAACACCACAAGCAUUUACACUAGAGUGAAGCAAGUUCAUAUAUAUCUAGGGUAUAUUGUAUUAUUGUGAUUGUACUAUACUUAACCUUGCAUCAUUAAACUUUCUGAGUAUGCCAACC